AUGGCGUUGUGCGCCUGUUCUCGCGAAGCUCCGAAUGCUUUCGAAGACUGGCGAGCUCAAUGGCAUCAGAAGCUACAAGCACGCCUCAAUGAGGACAUGCAGAUGUUCUCACAGAUUUUGGACUCCCUGGCGGCCGGCCAGACCGGCCACCCGAACGACGCGGGAGCCGCCGUGGCGACGGCUCGGCGACAGCGAUCACCGGUGCUCCUGGAGCGUUCCAAAGAGGCGGAGGUGGUGCAGAUCACGGUGGACAAGGACUCUUGCGUGUCCCCUGCAGCCAAGUCCAAGUCGCCCACGCGGCCGGUGCUCUUCAGCACCUUUACAUCCCUCACCGGUGACAGCGAAGCGCGCGAGCUCGCGACCCCCGCCCAGGGCAGCGCGUCGCCGUCGCGCGGCGACAGCGGCGGCGAGGGGAACAACGACGAGGAGUCAAAGCCGAACUCGGAGAAGGCGACGCCGCGGCUGAAGCUGAGUCGGAUCCAAAGCACGAUGUCGGCUCCGGCACGCUUCGUGUAUUUGAGCCCAGAGAGGAAGCGCCACGUGCUACAGCGCAGCGAGUAUUUGGAGAGCAGCAUGACGUCCUCCUACAUGCAGAUCCACGACUUUCAUCCUUUGCCCACCUGGGCGCGUGAGGCCAAAAACGAGCGCGACCCCUCUGCCACCAUCCGCAUCAGCGGCGGCGACUUCGCGGACGACGUGACCGGUGGGGCCAUGGUGAUCCAGGAGCAAGAGUCAUUGGGCUUCCUGAGGCAUUUGAUGAUCUUCCCCAGCAGCCCAAGGAAGAUGACCUGGGACGUCUUUGGUGCUACCUUGAUCGUCUAUGACCUCUUCACGAUCUCCAUGCAAGUCUUUGAUCCACCAGAGACAGACUUUACCAAAAGCAUGCAGUGGCUCAUCCUGAUCUAUUGGACCAUGAACAUGCUGGUCUCCUGCAUGGUGGGCUAUAUCGACAAGGGCAUCUUCGUGAUGGUGCCCAUCAAGGUCUUCCUGCACUACUUGAAGACCUGGUUCAUCAUCGAUUUGGUGGUGGUGGGAUCUGACUGGGCGUUCUCCUUGUCGGAGUCCACCGACAACGCUGGCAGCUCAGUGAAGCUGCUCCGCAGCCUUCGCCUCUUCCGCAUGGUGCGGCUCAUCCGCAUCCUGCGGCUGCGGAAGACCAUGGAGAGCUACCUGGUUUCGAUUCGGGUGAGACUAGUGGAGACCGGAGACACAGGGUGCGUCAGCGACCUGGUGGACUCGGAGUAUAUCAGUAUCAUUGUGAGUAUUUUCAAGAUGCUGGCAUUGCUUAUGAUCGUCAACCACGUCAUCGCGUGUUUUUGGUUCUGGAUUGGCGACUCUGCUGGGGGAUGGAUCGAAAUGCACCACUUGCUGGAUGAGCAGUGGGAAUAUCAGUACGCCACGAGUCUUCAUUGGGCCAUCACACAAUUCACGCCCGCCUCCAUGCACAUUCAGCCGCAGAAUCUUCAUGAGCGUUUGUUUGCCUUGGGCGUGGUGGUCUUCGCCUUGGUGGGCUUCUCCUAUGUGGUGGGAAGUAUAUCUGGAUCACUCGCACAGCUGAGAGGCAUGACCGAGAACCGGGCACGACAGUUCUGGGAGUUGCGACGGCAUUUGCGGAAGAACAAGGUCUCCAUCACCCUCAAUGCACGGAUCCAGAAGUACGUGGAGCAUGUGCUGGAGAGCCAAGAGGAGAACGUCCCAGCAGAAGACAUUAAACUCCUCACGCUGCUCUCGGAGCAGCUCCGAAGCGAAUUGGAGUGUGAGAUUUGCAUGCCUCACUUCUCCGUUCACCCCCUCUUCGCACGGCUCUGCGUGGUCUCCCGUCACACGAUCCAUCGCCUGGCCAACAACGCGAUUCAAAAGAAGCAGUUGGCCAGGACGGACAGCCUGUUCCUCCCUGGAGAGACUGCGACGCACAUGUACAUCGUGGUCUAUGGAAGGUUGAUCUACAGCAGAAUUGACUCCAAAGGAAAUGAGCACAAAGAGCUAGUGGACAAAGGGGAGGAUUGGAUCUCGGAGCCUGUGCUUUGGACAGACAGUUGGAUCCACCUGGGCUUGUUGAUCUCCAUGACCGAGAGCGAUCUGAUGGUCCUGGAUCCGCUCCAUUUCGGUCGCAUCGUCAACCUGAACCCCGAUGCCGCCGCUCUAGCGCACACAUAUGUGAUGAACUUUAUCAAGUGGAUCAAUUCAGUGCCGAGAGAUAGCCUGUCGGACAUUUGGCAGGGGGAGAACGUGGGCCCUCGCGUCGCCGGCUUCAUGGAGCUCGACGAGAACCAGUUUCGAAGCGCAAAGAGCCUGGCAGCCAAGCUGAUGAACUGGCAGAAGUGA